AUGUCCUUCGACAACCAUGGCUCCGCUUCCACUGCACGCAAUCCCCUCCCUCCCACGCCUGACUUCCAUCCCCCUUACAAGCCGACUCAAAACUCAUCUCACAGCAGUGGUGGGGAUCGUAGCAGAAAGCACCGCAAGUCCCUGAGCAUGACAUUCGACAGCAGCGGCCGUCCCGCCCCGAUCGACCCUUACUCUUCCACUCCUGACGACAACAAAUCUUUCGACUCAGAGCAAAGCAAAAGCCAAUCUCGUGACACCUCUCGCGCCGCUCCUGUUGCAGGCAGAAGGCACCGCAAGUCUCUGAGUAUGACGAUGGACAACCGUGGCGCCUCUCCCGCCGCAAACGACCCUCCCUUUCCCACACCAGACUUCAAUCGCCCUAUCUCGUCUCGUAUCCGCGCUCCCGGUCCCACUACCCGCCGCCGCAAUCUCCGCAAGUCUCUCAGUCUGUCAGCCAACAGCCGUGACAACGCUCACGCCUCGAAUUACCCGGCCACUCUAACUUCUGACGGCCGUGACAACACUCACACUCCAAGUUACCCCACCACUCCAACCUCUGACGGGCGGCGAACUCCCUCCCGCGUGCGCUUCAAUGAUGAGGUGGACGUUCUCAUGUUUGCUGACGUGGCAGCAGCUGCUGCCGCUGUUGCUGCUGACCUGGCAACCGCACCUCGUGACAUGACAGCAUCGGGUUCUAACCGUUAUAAGAACAAGCAUGGGCAUGCAGCAGCGGGUGAAUAUAAUGAGAUUGUGCACGGGUAUGGAAGUGACUCCGAAGGAGAGGAGAGGGGGGGGAUGGUUGAGGAGGAAAGGGAGCUUGUCUCAAGUGUUUCUCUCCCUCCCCUCAGCUUCUCCCUACUGCUGGCGCUGGAGGAAACCAGCACUGCCGUCUCUUCACCCACCAGGUUUCCCCGCAGCAAGAGCCAGAACUAG